GCUUCAUUCACUCACCUGCACGCGCGCAGUAGACAUGUAAACACAUCUUCAUUUUCAUCAUUAUCAUCAUCAUCAUCAUCAUCAGUGGGUCAUGGAGACUGACUGGUCCGGUCGGGUUCUAGAGGAUACGGGCGAGCUGUCUGCGGGUGUUGUGCACGUGAAGCGGCAGGCGGUGAAGAGACACUAUCACAAACACAACCUGAAACACAGAUAUGAGUUUCUCGAGACUCUCGGUAAAGGGACAUACGGACGAGUGACGAAAGCGAUGGACCGAACCGGCAGAACGGUGGCCAUCAAAUCCAUCCGAAAGGAAAAGAUCAAAGACGAGCAGGAUUUAAUUCACAUUCGUCGUGAGAUUGAGAUCAUGUCGUCACUCGGUCAUCCGCACAUCAUCACCAUAUAUGAAGUGUUUGAGAAUAAAGAUAAGAUAGUGAUUGUGAUGGAGUAUGCCAGUAAAGGAGAUCUGUACGACUACAUCAGUGAGAAACAACAAAUCUCUGAGACUGAAGCCAGACAUUUAUUCAGACAGAUCGUUUCUGCUGUUCAAUACUGUCACAGGAACGGGAUCGUUCAUCGUGACCUGAAGUUGGAAAACAUCUUGUUAGACGGCGACGGAAAUAUCAAAAUUGCUGACUUUGGGCUGUCUAAUCUGUAUCAAGAUGAUAAAUUCCUGCAGACGUACUGCGGUAGUCCUCUAUACGCUUCUCCAGAGAUUGUGAACGGGAGACCGUACAGAGGUCCAGAGGUGGACUGCUGGUCUCUGGGGGUUUUGCUUUACACAUUGGUGCAUGGAGCGAUGCCUUUCGAUGGACAUGACUACAAGAACUUAGUCCACCAGAUUAGCACCGGAGACUACCGCAAACCAACUAAACCUUCGGAUGCAUGUGGUUUGAUCCGCUGGAUGUUGAUGGUGAACCCAGAACGCAGAGCUACGUUAGAGGAGAUCGCUGGACACUGGUGGCUCAACUGGGGCUAUCAGCACCCCCUACUGGCUCAGAACGAAUGCGCAGCUCGCCAAGGACCGGAUCGCUUGGCCGCAGCGUCUCAAACGGGUGGCCCGACCCGCAUCGCAGACUGGUUGCGUCGCACCUCUCGUCCUCUUCUACAGAGCGGCUCGAAGAUGCGCUGUCUGUUGCGGUCGAGUGGAGCAACCGGAGGAGAGCCGGUUCAACGUCAACGCUCCAUACGCAGGUCGCGUAAAGAAAACAACGUCUCUCAGACAAUGCAAGACAGCUCCACUCCUCGACCCCACAAAGGCAUUUUGAAAAAGCGGGGCAGUCUGAGACAGAAACCACCCGUUGAUGCCCAGACUACACCGUUGGAGGAGAAAAGCCCGAAUACUUUUACUUCCAGUGCCGCUGAGCCGCCUGUGCUACCUCCGCCCCCUAAAGGCAUUUUGAAGAAGCCGCCCGAAAGCAAGUCGGACUAUUAUUCCUCUUCCCCGGAGAGCAGCGACUCCACCCAGACACGCCUGUGCCCGUCAUCCAUGGGACAUCGCAAGGGUAUCCUCAAACGCCAUGGGAAGUUUUCCAGCGGCCUGCAAGAAUUCGGAUCGCUGGACCAGCUCGCGUCCACUUUACCCGCCGGAGGAAACCGAUCCCGGCCCAGCGGAGCAAUCAGCGAGGACAGCAUCCUCUCAUCCGAGUCCUUCGACAGACUCGAUCUACCCGAUCGCGAGAUUCCGGUCACCCCGAUGGAUCGUCCAUCAGGGGGCAGUCGGAUGCGAGGAUGCGUGUCAGUGGAUAAUCUACUGGACAGGUCUGCCCUACGGCAGGGACGCUGGGAAAUGGACACGGCUUGUUACCGCGCGGGAGUCUCCGAUAGUGCGUUUUCAAUUGCUGAAUGUCAGAACGUAACUCAGACUUACAAAGAAGUCUUUGUCAAGGCGUAGCGUACUUUAGAGACGAUGCAACCUUUACGUUGUGCUUGGAAAGUGCACUUGGCCGAAUGGGAUUUUUGGAGCCGUUGAGGAAUUUCUUCAUGGAGUAAUGAUUGUGGCUAGCAAAGAAAUGAUUUUAGGCCAGGUAGAAACAGAGCGUCGCUGAGGACAACAAGUCCUGUGAGGUCUGCUCAGGAGGUGUAAGACAAAAGCUUUUAUAGCGUAGGUUUUGAAAAUAUUGUUUAAGGUGUCGGCUUACUGUAUGAAAAAGAUGCCAAAGAAUUACUGGAAAGAAGUUCAGAACACUAUGUGAAUAAAGUUCACCUGUUUGUUUUAAAGACUAAUUGCUGCGAACGUUCCACAACUGUGCACAACAAAUAUAGUUUCAAACCUGCAGAAGAAGAAAAGCAGGUCGCACAACAAGAACAGAAUGCACAGAAGAAUGUUGUCACAGUGGUUUACAAGAAGGCUUUUGAAGAUCAGAUGUUUAUAACACUAUUAACUUCUCAGAACUGACAAGUGCUAUAAAUACAAUCAACUAUUAUCUGCUUCUGAGUUCAUGAUGUCCAGACUUGAGUUUCGAUAGGAGCAAUAAGAGUCUUUUUAUUGUUUUCAGGAGCACACGUAUGAGGUUCAAGUAAAAGUGUAAAUAAUCCUGUAUUUAGAAGUAUUAAACGGAUCUGUUGACAUUUUGGUGGUUGUUUUUAGUUUCAUCUGGACAUUUUGUAUUCAUGUCAACUCAUUACACGGCAUUCAUUCACAAACACAAAAUUGUGUUAUUCCUCUUUAAGUGUCAUGGUGUUGUGGGUUUAACUGUGAUAUGUGUGAACCACUCAGGUGUAUUUGAUCAGUUUGUGUUUGAGUUUCUGCAUGUUUAUGAAUCAGUGAAGCAAAUAAACUGCAGAUAAAGUGA